ACUAAUAAUACUGUGUUCUGGGUUUAACGUUGGUGUUUCACCCACACUGCUCCAAUGUCGCUCUAGACACCCCACCCUGCUUCCAUAUAUGGACUACACAGAAUGUACAACAACCACAGCUCCUCCGACCACAACAAACCCUUAGGGGCGGCUCCUCCGAUUAUGAGUCCCCGGAUCUCUUUCUCCAACGACUUUGUCGAGUCCAGUAACGGCGGCGCCGCCGCCCAUCACCACUACCAGCAACUCAUCAAGAAUUACCGGGACGCUCCCGUUUCUUCCGAUUUUGAAUUCUGCGUCUCCAACUACUCCGCCAUGACCAUGAGCGCCGACGAGCUCUUCUCCAAGGGCCGCCUGUUGCCCUACAAGGAGACCGGCGCCGCCGCCGCCGCUCCUAACCACCACAAGACCACCACUCUCAAAGAUGAGCUUCUGGUGGAGGACGACGAUGUCUCCCUCAAGCCUCCCAAGAGUCCGACGAGGUGGAAAGGGCUUCUGGGCCUCAGAAAAUCCCACAUUGGCUCCAAGAAAGUUGACAAGAAUAGCGAAGACAAGAGAGAUGAGGUUCUUGCCACCAAGAACUCAUCACGGGAUGCAUUGCAUGGUGGAGGAUCAAGCUCAUGCAGGGACAUGGAGUUUCGAUUCAAUUGACGUUGUUAGCUUCUUUCACUACAUUAUUCUUAGAAGAGCUUAGCUUAUUGGAGGGGGUGGAAAUAUAUUGUUAUUAGUGUGGUUAGGAAUUGGUAUGACUUCUGUUUUAACUUGGAAGUUUGGGUAAAAACAAAAAACAAAAAAAUUAGCUAGUCCGAUGAAUAUGUUCUUGGAUUUGGAUUCAUUUUCUAUUAAUUUAGUGUUUUCAAGCUUCCUUGUUUCAUUACACCAUUUUUGGCUGUUUCUUCAAUUCUCUGUACCAUAAAUAUAUAUAACUUCUUAUU